AUGUUAGAUUUUUUGAAGGACCACCCCGUCCUUACCGGACUAGCACUCUGCACAGCAGGAGCCGCAGUCUUUUGCUAUUGCACAUCGAGUUUCGAGAGUUAUGGUCAAGAAGAAGAGACCAUAGAAGAAGUACCAGUCGCGAUACAAGAUGCCGUCGAAGAUGACUCCGCCGUACUUUUGCAAGCGGAUGAGUCUUCACAAUGCAGUGCGUUGAUGCUUUAUAAAGCCCGUACCUGGGAGCAUUUACUCCCCAACUACAAGCAACUAUACCCGGAACUGCACCCCUGGAACUUGCUUAGGAUGUUUAUCAAGCCACGACUGCUGAUGCCGAUUGUACUCGUUCCUGCAGCUACUCGGAUACCUGUCAUCGUAGCCUGCAAGCAUUCCUUCCUUGAAGGAGACAUCUUGUACCUCAUGUCGGCCAUAACCUUCGCGGUUCUCAUGUGUUUCGUCGUCAACUUCGUCAUGAGAAUGCAUAUUGAGCAGAAGACCAAGUGACUUCAGGUAAGCCGUCCUGCCAGCAUCAUCAGCGUACACCAAAUCCAACAGAUAGCUAUAGCGGCGACAGACCGCCAAGACAGUGAUCACCUCGUAAUCACCGAGGAAGACAUCCAGCCAGCUUUACCAGCGAACAUGAGUGCCAUUGCAUCCUCUUCAGGAUUCGUGGAGGUCCAUCUUUCUGCUAUUCUCGGAUCACUGAGCACUCAAAGACUUGAGAGUCUUGCCUCUUCUGCGUCACGCCAGGGACGUCAAGUCACACUUCACCCAAUUAUCACCGACUCUCUGC